AUGUCGUCCCCUCUGACUGCGAUUCGUCGCAAGAAAAAUGUCAAGAAGGGUAUCCAGUUCUGUUUGAUGGUCUGCGGAGCCAGUGGAACUGGUAAGUUGAAGGAAUCCACUACCCUGCAGGCCAUUGGAGACUUGUCAGUUGACCACUGCUUUUCGCUUGGCGUUAUCACAGGACGCACGACCUUUGUCAACACUCUCUGUGGGAAGAAGGUCCUGGACCACAAGGAUGCAGACGAUGCUGCGAACGCUCACGUUGAGGAGGGUGUUCGGAUCAAGCCAGUCACAGUUGAACUUGACGAGGAGGGAACCCGGAUUUCUCUUACCAUUGUCGAUACCCCCGGAUUUGGUGACCAGAUCGACAACGAGGCGAGCUUUUCGGAGAUUGUCGGAUACCUCGAGCGCCAAUACGACGAUAUUCUCGCUGAAGAGUCGCGAAUUAAGCGUAACCCCCGCUUCAGGGACAACCGAGUCCAUGCUCUCCUCUACUUCAUCACCCCGACCGGCCAUGGUUUGCGGGAGCUGGACAUUGAAUUGAUGAAGCGGCUGUCCCCUCGUGUUAACGUGAUUCCCGUCAUCGGAAAGGCCGAUUCUCUCACUCCCGCCGAGCUGGCAGAGUCCAAGAAACUGAUCAUGGAGGACAUUGAGCACUACCGCAUCCCCAUCUACAACUUCCCCUACGACAUCGAAGAGGAUGAUGAGGACACUGUCGAGGAGAACGCCGAACUCCGUAGUCUGAUGCCGUUCGCGAUUGUGGGUUCUGAGGACAUUUUGGAAAUCGGUGGUAAGAAGGUUCGGGCGAGACAGUACCCGUGGGGUGUGGUGGAGGUCGAGAAUCCCCGUCACUCCGACUUCCUGGCCAUCCGCAGCGCUCUUCUCCACAGCCAUCUUGCCGACCUCAAGGAGAUCACUCACGACUUCCUCUACGAAAACUACCGUACCGAGAAGCUCAGCAAGAGCGUGGAUGGUGUGCCAGCCAACCAAGACUCUUCUAUGAACCCCGAGGAUCUGGCUACUCAGUCGGUCCGCUUGAAGGAGGAGCAGCUUCGCCGCGAGGAGGAAAAGCUUCGCGAAAUCGAGCUCAAGGUGCAGCGCGAGAUCAACGAGAAGCGCCAGGAGCUGCUGGCUCGCGAAAGCCAGCUUCGAGAAAUCGAGGCGCGCAUGCAGCGCGAGGCAAGCGCCCACCUUGCUGCCAACAGCAGCGAGUCGGUCAACGGAGAGUCUUAG